AUGCAAGAAUACACCCACACAGGACCUGUUGAUUGCAGCAAGCCAAUCAAUGUGGAGAACCUCAAGGGGAAAACGGCAAUUGUAACUGGAGGUGCCAACGGUUUGGGAGAAGCCUAUGUUCGGGCUCUGGUUGCCGCAGGCGUCAAAGUCUGCAUCGGUGACCCUGAUGUUCAAAAGGGAAGCAAAUUGGAAGAAGAACUCUCUGGGACUAAAUUCAUUCGCUGCGAUGUCACCAAGUGGAGUGAUCAAAUCAACCUCUUUCGCCAAGCUGUCCUCUUCUCUCCAACAGGGAGGAUUUCCCAUGUCAUAGCCAACGCGGGUAUUCAUCGCCAGGACGAAGUCUUUUUGUACUCUGGUGACGAUAAAGAGCCAGAAGAACCCAAAUUGAGCGUCAUUGACGUCAACAUCAAGGGUACACUCUAUACGGCCAAAUUAGCCGCACAUUAUUUCAUUCGGCAGAAUGGCACAGAAGUAUCACAAAAACAGGAGGAUUGCUCUUUAGUUUUGAUCGGAUCUGGUGCAGCAUUCCUGGACUGUCCACGGGCCCCUCAGUACAGUGCGAGCAAAUGGGCCGCACGCGGAAUUAUGCACUCGUUGAGAAGAACCGCCCAUUUCUACGGCAGUCGGGUCAACAUCAUCUCUCCAUGGUAUGUCAAAACGAACAUUUUAUCUGAAGAAGUUUUCAACCAUGUAUCCAACGUGGGAGUUGAGUUUGCAAAGGCGGAAGAUGCAGGCCAAUCCCUCUUGAGAAUCCUCAGCGACGUCAACAUUAACGGGCAUUCGUUGUUCGUUUCAGGGAGAAAGUGGACUCAUAAUGGAUACCUUGAUCUUGAUUUGGAGGAUUACUCGCAGAGUCCACUAAUCCAGGAGAUACAAGAAGAUCAAAUGAAAUCGGCACCUGUCUCUCUAGGCUUGUUUGCGUGA